ACGAGGGUAUGGAUGGGGUUGGGGGCGGGGGAGUCUGAUCUUUGGGUAGCUAUUAGCUCCGAGGGUCAUAUAAUGUCUUUUCCACGGUGCGUGUGCCAGACAACGACGACAAAUACAAUGAGCCGUCGUCACGACCACACGCGCCUGUUGGUCGACCUCUGACCUUUUUAUAUCGAUCGGGAGGAUCGAUUCUGCAAUGUCUUGGACAGAACGUCGUUUAUAUAAGAGCGGCAACCGCUCCUCCACGACUUGCGAGAUUUUCUCCCCUAUCUCUUUUGCUUGCUUGCACUUGCACUGUUCUUGUAUGGUGUGAUGCACCUUACCUGCUGCAGCAGCAUGGAGAAGCUACGGACUGCCUCACGUCUCCACGGUGUCGCGUAGCAAAGACGAUGAACGAGGGAUGGAUCGACCACGUGACUAGAGUGAGAGACUAUGCAUGAGAUUCCUGUUGUCUAGUGCAGUUCGUACGACUUAAAAUCUCAAUCAUCCUAUACUGAGCCCUCUUCUUUCUUCGUCCUGCAUGGCUCUCCAUGAAACGAGCAACCUGACAUAACCGACGAUGCAUUCGGUUGUUUUUGUUUUGUUGCACCGGAGCUUAUAAUGACAGCUCGACCGGAACGUAUGGAGACUUCUCAACUGGAAGACUUGUGUCAGAGGAUAAGAGUGGUUAAUAACGAUGAAACCAAAAGAGUGAUCUGUGUCGUGUGCAAAAAUUUUUAAAAAGUAUAUAUGAAGCAGUAAGCAAUCCCAUCGUGAUGCAGUUUUCUCUCUCGAGGUAAGACCUAGACGACAUCUGGUGACGAGAAGGUGAAUCUCCUCAAUGUUGACGCAAAGCCAAGACAAAGAGCUGAUCUCCCAAUCCGUCAUGUUUUUUUUUUUUCUUCUUCUUCUUUUCCUAGACAGUUGCCUUAGCGUGAGGGUCUUGCUAACUGUUACCUUUUGAAUAUUUUCUUUCUUCACGAAAACAGUUUCUCUGUGUGGUCUGAUCGCGCGUGUCUUCAAGACAACGAGGAGCGGAGGCUGUGAGUUCGCAUCUUGUUCUGGAAGAGGUGGGAUGUUUACUGGCCUAGACUUGUAGACAGUCGACUUAAAUUGCUUCUUGUUCGCCGCAAGACCUCUGUCAAGAACAUCUUCCUGUGGCGCUAGAAAUACAACGAAAGUGAGGCGAAUGCUGGUGAACUACAAAGUGUGGGGAUGUUUUAGAAAUGCUGUUGAAUCCCGAACCUUAUUGCCAAGUGGAGAAACGUGAAGGAAAAAAUAUGAAAAGUAUUUCAGAAAUUUUUUUAAUGACUUAUUCAAAAAUAGAAAUAUUGGCACUAGUAUAUCUCCAGAAUAUCUUCAUAAUUUCGGAGAGUCAAAGUGAUUGAAUGACCACACCCAGCAGCUGACAUACGCGUCUCCAAGUUGUUUUUUUCAGAUGACAUAUGUGUCUUUAGGUUAGUUUGAACGAAUGGUAUAUUUUGUUUCUACCUACGUCUUGCGUACCACCACCACCAACAAUAUCUCCACUACGAAAAUUUAAAAAAAAAAGUCGUUUGAUAGUUGCCUGUGAUAAGAGAGAGAAGCAGUCAUUGUCAUUUUAAUUCACGCAGCGUUCCGACACUGUCCCGUGAAUGCCAGCUUGACUUUAAUGAGGUUAGUCUUCAACUCGUUAAACCGUUCAGUGAUUGAAAAUUCGCUUCUAUGGACAAGGAAACCAAAUGUCUGUGUGCGUACUCUGGUCUUGAUACUGAAGUAGAUGACUGUCACCAGCUGACGGCCGGGUUUUCACCAGUGGACAUGAAAAGUGAAACAACCCCUCUGGGUGUGCUGUGGGCUUACUGAAGUAAGCAGAGAUUUGUUAACAUGUCUUCCAAACAACGCCUUCAGAAGGUGGCGCUGCACCUGAGUGUUUACAGCGUGGAUCCGGAGUCUUUGGGACUCAACAACAGCCCGACGCCAGAGCAGAAAGAGGGAGACGCUCAACGGAUCAGGAGCAGUCUACAACUACCACCAUCAUCUGCCAGACCUUUAGCGACGAGGACCAACGCAUCUGGAUCCUCAAGGGAGUCAUCCUCCCUUGCCUCCCAAAGGACACAGCGAGCAUCUGGAGGUGAAGAAGGCAGUCUCGCGUGCGGUGGUUCUCUUCCCUCGAGCGAGAAGAGGAAACCUUUCUCAGGGAACAGCGCGAAGAAGGUACGGUUUUCUGGGAGAGAGUUGACCAAAGUCCCAGUCCAUAAAGGCGACCUUCGUGGUUUUUAUCUCGGACGCUUAGCAGAGAACCCCUCGCACAAAACCCAACUUCCGGAACCUUUCCCGUCACGUGACCUCAUCAAAGAUCUCAUUUUCGGAUAUCGGCCCCUAUCUGAAAAAUGCGCGGGGUCUUCAGGAGGUCAAGUUGGGGGACCAGGUGACAGCGAAACAGGCGGCAUUCGUUUCCCUGGGAACGACCCGAGGAGUAAGUCUUCCAUGGCUGCUAGCGGCGACAAAGGCAAGAAGAGCUUCGAGUUGCGCAUGUGCAAGAAGGUAGCGGAGCUGACGCAAGUGGUUCACAUGCUCUUCACUCGCAACCAUGAGAAGGAGGUGGAGCUGGAGGCACUGAAGGACGCCUACGAGAGUGAGAUCAGCGAUGUCCUGGCGGACGCCCAAAGCAGAAUCGCGAGGCUGGAGAAACAACAGGAGGACGCGUUGAAGGAGCGAACCGGCGAGACGGACCGGAUCCGGAAGCUGCUGGAGGGAGCGUUCCAUGAACGCGAGGAGGAGUUUAAGAGACGGCAGGAGGAGAGCGAGCGGCAGCUGCAGGAGGAGCGAGCCGAGUGCCAGAACCUUCGGGACAUGCUGAUCCACGCGCAGCGCGACAUCGAGAAAUUGCGGCAGAGCGUGGCGGACCAGCUGACCGGGAGGGCGGGCGAGAUCGCUCGCCGCGAGCAGGAGAUGGACAGGCUGCACAAGCAGGUGGCGGGGCUGGAGCAGACCCUCAGGGACGUCCGCAAGGACAGCGGCGAGGCGCUGCGGGAUCUGCAGCGCAGCAACGACAAGUUGGAGAAGGACGUACUGCAGCUGCACACCUCGCUGGAUGAGAACCAACGAGGGCGCGAACAGCUGGCUGCGCGCAACAAGCAGCUGGAGAUGGACAUCAAGGCUCUCAAGAGGGAUUUUAACCGCAGGGUGGCGGAGAUCAUGAACAACCAGGCCAGGAUGCAGAAAAGUGCGCCUCCCCUGUCUCAGGACCAGAACGAGGAGCUGGAGAAGCUGAGGCGCGAGGUCCAGCGGUACCGCCUGGAACUGAGCAACCGUGACGUCAACUUCAACCGCAUGUUCACCAACAAACAACCGACCUACGUCAACCGUUCAGGGGGAGGCGUUCUCAAGCUCUACGCUAGUCAGCCAACAGGAAACAUCCAAUCAAACAGCAAUGCAAUCACGAUGAAAAAAGAGAAGACGAUGUUGCAAGGACCCGUUAUCCUUUUUGAAGAACCAUCCGAGUUGCCAGGAGACCGACAGAGACCGGUCAGCACCCCCGCAGUUCAUGCUGAGCACGACAGUCGACUGCCGUCCAUCUGCUCCACACCAGAAGCGAACCAACGUCCCGGCACAAAGUUGGCCAAACCCAAGCCGCUGCCAAAAGAAAUGCUGUUCGGGAAGUGACGAACCCGCAGCAUCUUUCGCCAUUUUCUUACACAGCCACAGGGUAGCUGGAAGUCAGAUGGCUCACUUCAAGAUUAGCACACCUUCUGCAAGAAGCUGCUGCACUUCAACACUUAAAAGUCUGUCUGGAAGUGUGUGUCCAGAAACAAUUUUCAAGCGAUCUCGAGUUUGGGGAAUCAUACACUGUUAUAAACAUUAGACUUCUUGUCGGUUUGAUUGGAAGCGUGACUGGUGUCAAAGGUCAAAAUCGGAAACCGCUCCUUUCUUUUACUUUGUGGUGAAAGCAUUAAACUCGCAACAGCCUUGGUUAGAACCAAGAAAAAACUCUGGUUUUAUAUAUGAAGUGAACUGUGUUUAGGCAGCUGUUGUCGACUUCCCACGAUCGCAAUUUGGUAACGUUUGAAGUUGUUUGUACAUAACACAGUGAGAGUUUGUAAAAUCGUGCGACAUGAUAUGUUUGAUUGCUGACGGAUGAAGAUUCUGAAAGGCGGUGCUUUGUUGUUUUUGUUGAUUUAUCCUAUUUAUGAUAAAAAAUUUUCUCACUAUUUUAUUGUUUAAAAUGUAAAUGUCUGUGAUACAUGCCACACUGUUAUAAACAAUGAUUUAUA